GAAAGUGGCAGCGGAGAGCGGGAGAGAGAGAGAGAGAGUGGAGAGGAGCGGAAGAGAUGGUGUCGCUGAAGCUACAGAAGAGGCUCGCAGCCAGCGUGCUCAAGUGUGGGAGGGGCAAGGUUUGGCUUGAUCCCAAUGAAGUCAACGAGAUCUCCAUGGCCAAUUCCAGGCAAAACAUUAGGAAGCUGGUCAAGGAUGGUUUUGUCAUCAGGAAGCCAACUAAAAUUCAUUCACGAUCUCGUGCACGUCGAAUGAAGGAGGCCAAGCGAAAGGGGCGUCACUCUGGAUAUGGUAAGCGUAAGGGUACAAGGGAGGCUAGGCUUCCAACCAAAAUCCUCUGGAUGAGGAGGAUGCGUGUGCUUAGGCGCUUGCUCCGCAAGUACAGGGAAUCGAAGAAGAUUGACAAGCACAUGUAUCAUGACAUGUACAUGAAGGUUAAGGGUAAUGUGUUCAAGAACAAGCGUGUGUUGAUGGAGAGCAUUCACAAGUCAAAGGCUGAGAAGGCUAGAGAAAAGACUCUGUCUGACCAGUUUGAGGCCAAGAGGGCAAAGAAUAAGGCAAGCAGGGAAAGAAAAUUUGCUCGGAGGGAAGAACGUCUAGCCCAGGGACCAGCAGAGAGGGCACCACCACCAGCUGCUGUUGCAUCUCAACCAACUGAUGUUUCAAAGAAGUCCAAGAAGUGAUUGCCACAAUAACGAGUGCUGAAGGAUUGAUGACUAUAUAUAUUCUAUAUGUUCUCAGUUACUGUGGUAGAGUAGGUUUUUUUGGAGUCAUUUAUGUUUUUGGCUUUUUGUGAACUUGGUUACUUUAUGACUAAGCUGAAAGGAGGGUAAAAUUUCUUGGUACUUUGCUAAAAUGGCAGUGUUAUUUCAUUUUCAUUUUCAUUUACUGGGUUUGGUAGUAUUUUUGUGGCUCA